AUGAUUUCUGAAAAGAUCUCCAAAGCGAAGCGUACGCGCCCUACGAUUGCACAGAAAAUCGAGGUCGGGCAUCUGCUGCAGGUCAGGAAUGCGAAUACCACAGUUAUGCGUCAGUUCAAAAUUUCAGAGCGAACCAUCCGAAACAUCAAACGCUCUCUUCCUUCACUUCAACAAAUUGUGACCAACACCGCUACAACGCUCGGAACAAAAACUUUGCACCCUGCGCAUUACCCCACUCUUAAAGCUCACUUGAUUGAGCCUGGUGCCAGAAGACGGCCUUGCAGAAACUGCAGAAUUCUGCAGGAAAGAUGUGGAGGAAUGGAUUGA